CCCGUCCACUAAUCGGCAGCUGAGUUUUUUCCUCCCUACCUUAUAAAUCCAGUGCACAGUGCCCGCACUCACCCCACACCACGCCCUUUCCUCUCCGGGCUACGCGGGCAGGGACCAGAAAGGGAAGCCGCGGACGCGCCGUCCCUCCCCGCUCCUCUCCCUCUCUCCUCGCUUAGCCAUUUCUGUUGGUGAUUGGCCCGUUUUCGGCGGAGGAGAGGGGAUCGAUCGAGCUCCGCCAGCGGCAGGAAGGAUGGUGCGGGGCAAGACGCAGAUGAAGCGGAUAGAGAACGCGACGAGCCGGCAGGUGACCUUCUCCAAGCGCAGGAAUGGGCUGCUCAAGAAGGCCUUCGAGCUCUCCGUGCUCUGCGACGCCGAGGUUGCGCUCGUCGUCUUCUCCCCUCGCGGCAGGCUCUACGAGUUCGCCAGCGCCACCAGCUUGCAGAAAUCGAUUGACCGCUAUAAGGCUUAUACAAAGGAUACUGUUAAUAACAAGACAGUACAGCCAGAUAUACAGCAAGUCAAAGCUGAUGCUCUAAGCUUGGCAAAGAAACUUGAAGCUCUUGAAGAUUCGAAGCGAAAGAUCUUGGGCGAAAAUUUAGGAGGAUGCUCUACUGAAGAACUGCAUUUUCUGGAAGGAAAAAUUGAGAAGAGUCUCCGCGUUAUCAGAGGAAAGAAGACCCAGCUGCUCGAACAGCAGAUAGCUAAACUGAAAGAGAAGGAGAGGACGCUUCUCAAAGACAACGAAGACUUGCGCGGAAAGCAGCGCAACCUUGAGGCGCGGCUGUUGCUUCCUGCCCCGAACAGCGUGGCACCCCUGCAGCCACGUGGCGAGCCAGCGCCAGAGCAGGAGCCGGUACCGAGGGACGAGGACGUGGAGACGGAGCUCUACAUUGGGUUGCCCGGGGUUCGCUGCUCCAGCCGGCGGUCAGGUCAAGCCAAAUAGGUAACCAGCCCGAAGGUUGAGCCUCACACCAAUAAACUCUCUACAGAUCCUUGAAGUGCCCGAUCAGUAGUCCACCAUUUCUGUUAUUCUCUAUAUUUAGACAGAAUCUGUAAUGUCUUGCAAAGCUAAAUUAGCGGCUGCGACGAUGACAAACCUGCAGAGAACCUCUCACGACUGAACUCAAGUUGAAACGCCCAGCACACCAAUUGUUUCUUGGCCUGGCUGUAUAUAUAGAAAUUACAAAGUUGCUGUCUCU